AUGGCCCACGACAUCAGGAACCUCGCAGUCGCGCCAGCUGCCGCCCUGCUGUUGGUCGCCGCGCAUCUCAUCAGCACCGCCGCCGCCUUUCGUUUCCAGCCUCCCGAGCCCCUCUCAGGCGUGGUGCGCAUCAACUGCCGCAGCAGCGACCCCGUGAUCAUCAACGGCCGCCAGUGGCGCGCCGACGCCUUUUACGAAUCGGGGCACCCCGUCCGCAUCCCCCCCUCCCCUCCCUUCUCCUCCGCUCCCCUCGCCUCGCCCGUUGAAGCCACCCUGCGCGCCUUCCCCGAGGGGAACAGCAACGGCGGGUGCUACACGGUGCCUCUCCCCGCUGACGCGCGCUACCUGGUGCGCGUGGGCGUGGCGUACCGCAACUACGAUGGCGCUCGCCGCCCGCCCGCCUUCCACAUGGCGGUGAACGGGGUCAUUCUGAGGUCGGUGGUGAUGGGCGUCACGGAGCAGCAGUUCCCGCUCUCCGCCUUCUACUCCGAGUUCGUCACCUUCGCCCACCACGGCCGCAUCGCCGUGUGCUUCCUGCCGCUGCUGGGCGUCGUGGCGGCGCCCCCCCAGGUGAACUCGCUGGAGCUGCUGCCCGCCCACCCCCUGGCGUACGACGGCGCGGUCACGGGGCGGGAUGUGGUGGUGGUGCCGCUGCUGCGCCACAAUCUGGGCGCUGCCGGCGUGGCGGGGGGCGGCGUAGGGGGAGGGGUCCGUGCGCUGCAGCAGGAUAGUGGGAAGGCGAGUGGGGUGGGAAGGGUGAGCGGGGGGAGCACAGUGGGAGGGACCGUGGGGAGGGUGGCAGAAUUGGAAGGCGAAGAGGCGGAAGCAGCGGAUGAGGGAGGGGUGGAAGGGAGGCGAGGGCAGGUGGGGCGGGCAGGUGAAUUGGCAGAGGGGGGGAGGGGGUUGCUGGAGGAGAAGGGGGAGGGGCGCCAUGGGGGAAUGGUGGAGGUGGGGUGGGCGGAGGAGGACAGAGCAUUCAGGGUGUGGGGGCGCGACUUAGCUCCCGCAUGGGGCGCCGUGCCUGGUUCCGUGGCUGUGCAGUCAGGUGCUAGUAGUGAUGCCAGUGGUGGCGGCAGCAGCAGUGUUGAGGCAAAUUCAACCACGGCAGAUAAUUGGGUUACCGUGGGCAUCCGUUCAAAGUGGUCACCACCUCCCGAAGCAUUGCUGGUGUUGACGUGGCGCCGGACUUCAUUCCAUCCGCAGUGUUCCAGUCGGCGUGGGAGGGAGCAGUGGAGGAGGGGCCGGGCGAGGGGGGAGAGCGAGUGA